AUGGCUUCUCAGAAUAGUAGCGUACCAACGCCGGUGCCGUUCCCUCAGCCCGAAGGCCUUCGCAGCCCCAACGCAUCGAGCCCUACUGUAGAGUCACCCUCUGCAACGACGCGCGAACGCACCUCGACCAAUGCCUCGACCGUCUCGAAUAGAAUUCGUACUGCGACCGGAAAACUUAUGGACGUGAACCCUCCGCCUGGCAUGUGGGCAGCUACGGGAACUACAGCCGCCAAAGCCCCCUCGCUAUCAGACAUCCGAAAGGGCUCUUUUGGUUCUGAUGGAUGGAAUGAGGAUACACAACGGAAGAGAGCAAGCUCACGAGCAAGUCAAGCCGAACAGCGGUCGCGUACUUCCACCAAUGCCGCGUCCCCCACCGAGCAAUCUGAGCGCCCGUACUUCGGUGGUCAGCGCAAGGUCUCUUCGAGCAAUGCGUUGAACACAGAGCCGUUUCCUGCCUUGACUGAAGAGGAUACACGGCAAGCAUCGGGGUACGACGGACAUGACGAGCAUGUUGUGGCCGGCGUGCAAUCGAAGCAUAGUUCCGAAACUGGGACAGAACACCUCGACGAUGACAGACCGCACCAGCCAAAAAGGACCUCUUCAGGCCAUUACGCCAACGGCUACGUACCACCACCUAAGCUGCCAUGGACCCAGUCGUUUAUGAUCGGUCUCAAAAGCUUCUGGAAGUGGUUCCUGACCCCCGCCGGAUUUCUCAUUACACUUUACAGCCUAAACGUUGUCGCUUGGGGCGGCAUGCUCUUCCUCCUUCUUUGCAACGCCGCACCUGCCAUGUGUACACCUACCUGUGACGACAUCAACUCUCCGCGCCGGAAGUGGGUCGAGUACGACUCACAGAUCUUGAAUGCACUCUUCUGCGUUACAGGAUUUGGUCUAGCACCUUGGCGGUUCCGUGAUCUAUACUAUUGGGCAUGUUGGAGGAUUGGUGGAUCGAAGCGCAAAGAGAUGGGCAUUCGACGCCUUGCUGGGAUACAUCGGGGAUGGUUUCGACUUCCGGGCUCAGAUCGGUUGCCUGACGGAGCAGAUGCGACCGUUGUCGAUCCCGAAGAUCCAGCUGUACCAAUACCCGUCAAGGCGAUCCCAGACCCACCCCCCACGGCGAUUCGCGCGCCGCCCACUAAGAGUUGGAAGAUGGAUUUCGUCAUUUGGAACAAUGUAUGGAACACUUUUUUCCAGAUCGUUCUGUGCUUCUACAUGUGGCACUACAACCGCAUUGAGAGGCCGUCAUGGGCUACUGGCCUCUUCGUUGCGCUAGGCUGCAUAGUGGCAGGUAUUGCAGGCAUCAUGAUGUGGCACGAAGGCAAGAACGUUAAGAAGGUCGAAGGCGUGCCCAUGCGCAGGGAUUAUGGGCUCCAGCAAGACGAUGCUGAAGCGCAGAACAUUCCGCUUGUGACUACAGGCGUGGCGACGAAGUCCUGA